GCCGAGUCGAAGGCUUCAGCGGCACAACGCAACACAACCACCGACAACCACGACCUCCCUCAACCCCGGACACUACAAACAGAUCAGGCACAAUGAUGCGAAGUGCCAGCGGAGCGCUGGCCGUGGCCGUCGCAGCCCUGCUGGUCUGCUGCAGCGCUAAUCCUCAUCAGGAGCAGGACGUAAGUGGCAGCGAGCACAACUCCGCGGAACGCUUCGAUGCCAGCGGAUAUAAUCAAAAAGAACUUGAAGACUUCCUACGAUACCUCUUACAUUACGAAAAUAAGUAUGAAGACCGCAACUUAAAUGGCCUCGGUGGCAAUUCACUACUCGGGCGUAACACCAACGGCCUCGGUGGAAGCUCUCUAUUGGGCAGGAACCUUGGCAACCUUGGAGGCAGUUCCUUAGCCGGCAGAGAGUUACAUUACGGCCAAGGCAGGAACACUCACGGAAUCAGGGGCUACACCCUAGUAGGCAGAGCCAAUGGGAACUUGAACGGAAUCGGAGGUUCCACUCUUGUGGGUAGAGAUGCUGAAGUGGAAAAAAGGUUGUACUCCAGAUAUGUUGACUCCCUUGGUGGCGGCAACUUUGUAAAGAAGAACCUUGACCAGCUCGGUGGUCCCAACCUUGUGAAGAGGAACCUGGAUUCUUUGGGCGGAGGCAACUUAGUUCGUUCCCUCGACUCCAUCGGGGGUCCCAAUCUUGUGAAGAGGAACCUGGAUUCUUUGGGCGGAGGCAACUUAGUUCGUUCCCUCGACUCCAUCGGGGGUCCCAAUCUUGUGAAGAGGAACCUGGAUUCUUUGGGCGGAGGCAACUUAGUUCGUUCCCUCGACUCCAUCGGGGGUCCCAAUCUUGUGAAGAGGAACCUGGAUUCUUUGGGCGGAGGCAACUUAGUUCGUUCCCUCGACUCCAUCGGCGGUCCCAAUCUUGUGAAGAGGAACCUGGAUUCUUUGGGCGGAGGCAACUUAGUUCGUUCCCUCGACUCCAUCGGUGGUCCCAACCUUGUGAAGAGGAACCUGGAUCCUUUGGGCGGAGGCAACUUAGUUCGUUCCCUCGACUCCAUCGGCGGUCCGAACCUUGUGAUGAGGAAUCUGGAUUCUUUGGGCGGAGGCAACUUAGUUCGUUCCCUCGACUCCAUCGGCGGUCCCAACCUUGUGAUGAGGAAUCUGGAUUCUUUGGGCGGAGGCAACUUAGUUCGUUCCCUCGACUCCAUCGGCGGUCCCAACCUUGUGAUGAGAAACCUGGAUUCUUUGGGCGGAGGCAACUUAGUUCGUGAACUGUAUCUAUUAUUCGUGAAGACUAGAGUCUUCUUUGUCUUACUGUUGGAUUGCAUGCACAUAGGCCACAAGACUGCUGCUGUGGACGCUAGCGACGGCGGUGCCUUAGUCCGGAAAGUUCGAGAGAUACGUCACUCUGGGUACGUGCCCUACCUUAUCUCCAGACGAUUUGCUAGUCCGUACGGCGGAUAUUACGGAGAUGGCUUCCCUAAGCGCAAUUUCGAUGAGAUCGACCGGUCUGGACUAAACACGUUCGUGCAGAAACGCAACUUCGACGAGAUCGACCUGUCACAAAUGCCGCUCUUGCAGUCCAAGCGCUUCACUUACUCGUCUGGGCUGGAGCCGUUAGUACAAAAGCGCAACUUCGACGAGAUUGACCUGUCACAAAUGCCGUAUCUUUCCGCCAAGCGCUACUCUUACCCGUCUGGACUGAACACCUUGGUGCAAAAGCGCAACAACUUCGACGAGAUCGAUGCAUCUGAGAUGCCGCCCUUCAAGUCAAGGUCUGGAAUGGAAACGUACCUGAAGAAACGCACCUUCGAUGAGCUCGACCAGUCAAACAUCAAAGUCUUCCCCUCCAAGCGGUUCUCCCACAUUUCGAGCUUCGACAAGAAGAGGUACAGAGCUGAAUACCCCAUCGAUGAGAUUGAUCUGUCUCACUUCCCCAUUGGCUCCAAACGGUCCCAAGACAGUGUAAUGUAAACGACAGAAUCUAGCAACCGUCCUUUUUAAACACCAUUAUAUCCACAAACAAAAUUCUUUCUUCGGAACUCUGUGAUUGACUAAUAAAAUAUUUAGUUCGAUGUUACAGUAAUAAUGGUCUUUUCUUUGUCUUUCUGCGAUACUGAAGAACUUAUUUUUCUAAAAGUUUUAAUGAGGUCAGAAAGGAAUUUUAUCAAAAGUUAUUUGUUCCCCGAACUUGGCGGUCACGUGCCUACAGGUCUACAUCUGAUUACCUACAUCACAUAAGUACUCUCUAGUUGAGGAGUGUGAAAGUACACUUUAGUUUACCCUCACUCCUCGCCCUUUAUUAUAGAGAAAUAAUAAUAACUAGACUUUAAUUAAACUUAUUGUAAAUUUCUCAGAUAUUAUUAUUGGUAGUAAAUAAAAUGUGUAAUAAAGAGGGAGAGGUUUAGAAUCUAACUAAAUGUUAUAUCGGUCUCAAAAGAAAUAAAAAAAAUAUACGCCUUACAGCCCCAUCGUCGAAACAGUCCUUGAUUCGUAGCAUGUUCCUCUAAUCUAAUACUUGUAGUUUCGCGUUACGUUUGAAUACAUUUGACUAAUUAUGCCAAAAAGUAUAAACAUGUUUUUAAUUAAUUCCUUUCUUUGUUAUCGUAUGAUGUUUAGAAUAUUUAACCUAAAAAUUGUUUGUAAAUUAGGUAUUUUACGUCAAUGUAUUACAAACCUACUUACUAUUGUAUUUAAAUUAAUUUAUAACUUUUGAGUAUGAAAAUUAUGAAAUAAAUUAAAAGAUUAU